CGAUACCAAAAACAACGGUCAAAGCGCAUGCUUCGAGUCAAAUGUUGGCUAUUCAACAAAUUUCCAUAGAUUUUUUGUAACCAAAACAACAUUAUCCCAUCGACACGAGCCAAGAACAUACGCCUUUACGUUUUUCAAGGGUCUUUUGGUGGGGAUAAUUGUAUUCUUUCCCUUUAAUAUGUGCUCAAACACUUAAUUGCACGGAAAACGUCGUUUACCUCUACCAUUUACGUCGCAAUUCACAAAUAUAAAAUUGAAAGAAGUGCUGUUUUUCCUUUGAAAUUGCAGUAAAUUUGCAUAAAUGUGAAAAAUCUUACAAGAAAAGUGAUAAUUUUGUGGAAUAUCCUUUAAAUUUGUCAAAAAAGAUAAAAUUUUAAACUUUCUCCAGUGUAAAAGUACAUUUUAAGGGGCUAUUAAUGAUAAUUUAGUUACUCCUUUUGGGUAUCUACCCUUGAAUAUUGAUUUCCCAAAGAAACCACCACCCACACAUAGAAAGGAUAAUAUUAAAGCCAUCAUAAUGUCGCAUAUGGCCAUUCUGGAUGAAUCAAAUGGGAAUACAUUGUCCCUGAAAUCCUCUUCCUUGGCCCCAUCAAUUUCCACAGAGGAUUUAUCCGAAUACACAGAUGCUGAUGAGAGUAUCUCAGCACCUACGGAGUAUUUUGCUGAAUUUCUCUCUGCGGUCAUGACCCAGGAUUACCGGAGAGCACUGAAAUACUGCAAACUCAUUCUAGAAUUUGAGCCCAACAACCUAACAGCAAAGGAAUUCUACCCAUUGAUUUUGGAGAAGAUAAGCUAUCUUGCAGAACAACAGGAAAGUGAAACCGAUGAGAAUUCCAACGUAGAGGACUUCGAAGUGGCUCUCAGCAAGAGUGACAGUAAUUUCAGUGAUGCAACUGAGGCCAGCAGUUCAGAAGCUGAUUUUCCGUCCAGCAAUGGCUCAAAUGACGACUGCGACGAAGGCAGAGACGAAGACAUUGAGAAUCUUCCGGGAAAUAGCUACAGCGACAGUACAACGCACUCCUACUCCAGUCUUUUGCUCGAGGAUGAAGAUGACCUGAUGCAGUCAUUUAUCAAGAAGGAAUCUCUGGAUAUUUGUAAUGGAAAUGGAAUCUCAUGCAGCGAUUCUGAGUCCCCAACUGAUCCCGUGACGCAGAAAACUGUGGGAAUCUUCAAAUCUACCUGUAACACAUAAAUGUCCCUGGAUGAUCAUAUCUUGCAGUUCACACCACAAAAAAAAAGAAAUUUUUGAAGAUAACUGAAUGGUCCAACAUUUUGAUAUGUUCCCCAGCAAAUUUUUAAGUAAAACCACAGAUAUUUUAAAAAGAAAGAUAAACUUGCGUCUGGAGACACGAGAAAGAUAUUCUUUAUGUAUAAAUUGUAAAAAAAUACAUUUUCAUUUUCUAUCAAUUAAAUAAAAUCAAGUGUUUCUUUUUAUAUCGUCU